AUGUUCGCCUCGCUCCGGCCUCAGUGCCUCCACGCCGCGCCUGCCGCCCGUACCUUCACAACCAGCGCAAGCCUCGCCUGGAAAUCACACAAGAAUGCACUGGAGGAGUUGCACGCCAAUGUACCGCCAUACCCAUACGGUCGCUCUCUGUGGUUCAAGCAAUCCGACAAGGGUCUCUACGGCGGUCAGCGCAUCCAAUUCGGCAACAAUGUAUCACGCAAGACCGAGAUCAAGACACGAAGGAGCUGGUAUCCCAACAUCAAGCGCAAGGCCCUCUUCUCAAAGGCGCUGAACCGUCGCAUUCGUGUUCGUGUUAGCACCAGAGUCAUGCGCACAAUCGACAAGGUCGGAGGACUGGACGAAUACCUGCUGGGCGAGAAGUCGGCACGCAUCAAGACGCUAGGCAUGGAGGGUUGGAGAUUGCGCUGCAUGAUCAUGGCCACAAAGUCUGUGCAGGACCGCUUCAACCAGCAAAGACGUGCUCUGGGUCUGCCGGAGUUGGACUACGACCUUCUGGCCAGCGAGCUCAACCAGCUUCCUGCCGAAUUACUCGAUGCUGAGGCAUCAGGCGAGCCUCUUGAGUUUGGUGUUGAGGAAGAACAAGCAGAUGAGGAGGCAGUGGUGUCUGUGCUCGGCGGUACUGAGCCAACUGGCAGCAGACAAGAGCAAUUCCAACAAAGGGUGGACCAAGCGCUUUCCAACAACUGGGAGCAGGCAAGAUAA